AACUUGUUCGCCAAGACAGGAGAUCUAGACGUCGUGUUCUCGUUGACUGUUAAAAUCUCGAACGGCCAGAAAAUGAGAAUAGCAGUAUUUACAUUUAUAUCCAUAUCCACGUUUGUGUUGACCCAUGCUGGACCCACAUGUAUGCAAUGUAAUGGAGAAGCUGAUAUUGCAGUUUGUCUAACAAGUCUUAUCACUUGUGCAGACAAUGAGGAAUGUUAUUUGGAGACAGUCACGAGUGCAAUUUUAGGAAAAAGAUUCAACGCAGGGUGUCGUUCUAAAAUGACGUGUUUAAUGACGCAGCCGUUGAAUGACAACUUGGGUAAUUGCGCAGCAUGCUGUUCAGAUGCUCCAGACAGCGAUGGCCCGUGUAAUGCCAAGCUGUGUGGUCAAUCGCCGGCAAAGCAGCAAGACGUCUGUGUUGCGUGUGAUGGGGUUCAUAGUGACUUUCAUUCUUGUCAAACAACCACUGUCUGUCCACCGACCGAGGUUUGCUAUACUGGAAUUCGAGUAGUUGGUUUCGCUGUUCGCUAUGUAUUCGGCUGUUAUGACAAACAUGUAUGUCGUGCUAUGGCAAGGAAUGAAGUUCACCAUAGCACCAGAGAUAUUCACGGCGACCUGGGGGUUAAAAUGUGUGAUGCCUGUUGUAGAGGAUUCCGAUGUAACGCCGCCGACUGUUUUCAACUCAAAAAGAAUAUGACGGUUGCUGAUUUUAGUAGAUAAUGAGUAAGUCCAAGGAGUCUGAGAGCAACAUAUAUCAGCUAUGCGAGAAAUAAAACUUGUAGUACGCCC